UCUCAUUUUGUAGGCCAAGUUUUUUUAAAGACUGCUCCUUUAAGGGUGUAUCAGUAGUUUGAGGAAAUAGGAAGUCGGUCCAGUAACAUUUAGCACAAAGACAAAAAACAAAAGGCGUUUGUGAAUGAUGGCAGGAAUAAAAGCUCUUGUCGCGUUAUCCUUCAGUGGUGCACUUGGACUGACUUUUCUCCUUUUGGGAUGUGCCCUGGAACAGUUUGGAGUGUACUGGCCAAUGUUUGUCUUGAUGUUCUACAUCCUGUCGCCUAUCCCAAAUUUAAUAGCCAGGAGGCAUGCGGACGACACUGAGUCGAGCAAUGCAUGCAGGGAGCUUGCAUACUUCUUAACCACUGGAAUUGUGGUGUCAGCCUAUGGACUACCAGUUGUGCUUGCACGAAAAUCUGUGAUCCAGUGGGGUGCCUGUGGCCUAGUAAUGGCAGGCAAUUGUGUAAUUUUUUUUACCAUUCUGGGUUUCUUCCUGAUAUUCGGAGGUGGAGAUGAUUUUAGCUGGGAACAGUGGUAAACCUUAGAAGAGCAUAACUACGUUAUAAACUACGAAACUUUAAAUUGUUUGCCACGGCAAUUCUGAUUAAGCCGGGCCUUGACAGAGACUGUGUCCAUUGCUUUGUUUCACUCUCAGUUAUGGCUGCUCUGUUACUUUGCUUCUGCUUUUUCAUUUGCAUUACAUGCCGGCAUGUGCAUGGCUCUCUGUAUACAACAAUUUGCUUAAAAAUGGAUAAUUAUGAAGUUGCAUUUAUAGAAAUAUUGCAUUUAAACUUUAAAUAUUGAAUUUAAACUCACAAAACCUGUAUAGUACAGUUUGAGUCAUAUUUACUCAAAUCAAAAGCAAAAAACAAUCAAUUCUAUUUUCCUUAAAUACAAUGAAGCUUGUUUUAGGACCAUUCAAGAUUUUUUUGUAUUAAGUUUGAAUUUUCCCCCCAGCUUGUCACCAACAGAUGUGUUUUGCACAAAUUAUUUAGUAUUUAAUAUAUAUUUUUAAAAGCUGUCAUUUUUUUUUUUGCGGUAUUACAGAAGAGGUUUAGAAACUCCUAUAAGUAAGCUUCAUUUUUAUGCUUGUAUACAGUUUUUGUGAGAUUCAUGCUUUCAAACAAUUAACUGUAGCAUGAAAUCAUUUACGCAAUCCAAUAAAACAAUCAAAAUGUAGAAUUUGACAAUAGGAAAGAGCAUAGGAUGAACAUAUUUUUUUGUCCUUUUUAGCAGCUUGAAUUGUUAGUGCUUAAUUACUCUGCUUAAUUUAUUAAUGAUCAUCAUUUGCACUUGAUAUAUAGGCCUACCAGUUAUGAGGCAUAAUUAAUAAUCUAACAAUGCCACUCUCACCUAAGAGUUAAAGCAAAGCUUUGUGUUUGCAAACAGAAGCACAGUAACCAUGGCAGUCUAUGAAGUGUUUUUGUCUUUGUUUUUGCAAUGCCACUAACGUCGAUUACGGAUUGGACCCGUUAAGCUUUAACCUUCUUAAACUGUUUACGCCACAUUACCAAAGCAAACAUCUUCCUGCUGUUCUAUUCCUUCACUCCUCGUUUACAUCUGUUGUACCAUUCCAUGUAGAUCUGUAAAAACGGGAAGAAAAGUUUUAAAUGCUUGCAGAAAACAAUCACAAACAGCCUUUAGCGAUUAUGGAAUGUUUAGUAUAGUUACUUUUUUAAACUUUCGAACAGCACAUGAUGCAUGCAAUUCCAGAAGCGUUUUCUUAUAACUGACAUAAUUCCACAACAGAGCUUAUGAAACACUAUGACAUGAUUAUGUGAUUUGUCAUACUGUGGUCUAUAUAGUAAAUGCAGUGUCCGAGAUCCAGUUUCGCUGAAAUUCAGGGUGUUCAGGUUCAAUGAUUGACAGUUUCACACUACUGGUGUUGUCAUUAAUAUUUUAUAAAGAAUUAUGGAUUAUGAAUCAUUUUAUCCACUGUUUGAAAUCUUUUGGUUUUGUUUCUUCAGAAGUUAUACUGACUUUAUAAUGAAUCACUUGUAUGAGGGAUGUUUUUGAUGUACCUUUGUGAUCUUAGAUUUUGUUUUAGCACUUUCAAACAAUAUCCAUUUGAUUAUAUGAAAUAAAACACUUGAAUUUUUCA